AUGGAAAGGGGCUUGCAACAAGGUGAUCCCCUAUCUCCAUUUCUAUUUGUUCUUGUUGUAGAUGUCUUACAUAGGAUGAUUGGAGAGGCUGUUAGAAAUUGUCGCAUAUCUCCGCUGUUGGUUGGAAGAGAUCAUAUUGAGUUGACUCAUCUUCAGUUUGCAGAUGAUAUUAUACUGUUCUUCCCACCUGAGGAAGAGACCAUCAAGAAUUAUAGGAGGCUACUUCGUUGCUUUGAGCUGAUGUCGGAUUUAAGCAUUAAUUUUGACAAAUCUAGUUUGAUUUCUAUUAACUGUGAAGAGCAGCGGGUACAACGGAUGUGUAGUGUGCUGGGUUGUAAGGCAUCCAUUCUUCCGGUCAAAUAUCUAGGUAUUUCUCUAGGAGAAAAUUCGAGGCUGAUGUCUAAGGGUGUUGCAGAGAAACUGAUCUCUUUGCAGAAAAGAUUUCUAUGGAGUAAGGAGGAUGGGAGGAACGGUAUGGCUUUGGUUAAGUGA